AUGCAGUUGAUCAAUACCGACACUCUUCGCCUUGAAGAGUUCGUUGGAAAGAAAAUUCCCGACUACGCCAUCCUUUCGCAUACAUGGGGGGACGAUGAGGUGUCUUUCAAGGAUUUUCAGGAGCCAUCAUGUGUCCACAAGAAGGGGUACGUGAAGAUCUCGACGACCUGUAAGAAAGCCCGCGAAGCCGGAAUCAAAUACGCCUGGAUCGACACCUGUUGCAUCGACAAGUCAAGCAGCACACAACUCAACGAAGCUAUCAAUUCCAUGUACCGCUGGUACCAGCGUUCCAGGCUGUGCUACGCUUAUCUCUCAGACCUUUCCCCGGCCGCAACUCUAGAAGACGACCUUGCUAAUUGCCGGUGGUUCACCCGAGGCUGGACCCUGCAAGAGCUCAUAGCUCCAAAGGAGAUACUUUUUCUUGACCAGCAGUGGAGUGUGACCUGCACAAAGUUAGAAAAGGCGGAACUUUUGUCUACAAUUACCGGUGUCAAUAAAGAUGUUUUGCGAAAUAAGCUGCCACUAUCGUCAAGAUCGAUUGCUCAGAGGAUGUCGUGGGUGGCGGCCCGAGAGACCACCCGCAUCGAAGACAUGGCGUAUUGCUUACUUGGGAUAUUUGACGUCAACAUGCCACUUAUAUACGGAGAGGAAGAAAAGGCAUUUGCGAGACUGCAAGAAGAAAUCUUGAAAACCAGCACGGAUCCGAGCAUAUUUGCUUGGAUGAAAGACAAUAGAACAGAGAACCCUGGAAGCGUCGAACGGAUCUAUUGUGGCGUUCUGGCGCAGAGUCCGCGUGACUUCCUCGAAUGUUCGACCUUCUUACGACCUUACAGCAAAGGCAAGCCAGCAAUUUCAACUUACUCCGAUGGGAUACAGAUACGGACUAGAUUGUUUUUGGAGCGCAUUCCAGAGACUCGCGCCUCUCGUUACGUAUUGCCAGUCUCUUGGGAAAGUUGGGAUCCCCAAGACCCGUUGAAUCGGUUUCGUAAAACAUCUCUGGGGAUACGUCUGCGAAAAUCUUGGCCCGGAUCAUUCGUCAGAGAAGAUCCUUAUGGGCUCGUUCGAGAUGAUAGUGGUGAGGACUACAAAGGACUUUCCCUGUCUCCUCAGGCCUCAACAUACCUCCUGACUCGGAGUCCCGAAACGCAAGGCAGCAGAACGUCGUUCAUAUCAAGAAUUCGAUCAAACGUUAUUCAAUUCCAGCUACCACCUGAAAUGAGCAUCUUGAGUGUUUGGCCAUUAGGCUAUUGGGAUGAAGAAGACCAAGUCUUCUUCAAUGUUGGUGACGCCGAUUCGGCUUGCUCCGGUUUACGGCUAUACAUUUCUAAAACCGUAAAGGUCACUGGGAAGAAUGUUAAGGUGCGAGCUCGGUGUAUGUUCUACGCUCUGAACUGGGCUACCGAUUCCCGGGGGCCCAUGGCGACAGAGACACAGUUCUCGGUGUUUGACUAUGACCCAUGGGCAGCGACACUGAGCGAGAUACAGUCACAAAUGCCUGAUCACCCGCACGUACCGCAUGCUUUAUACCUGUUCAAGCGUUACGAAGUCCCAAAAGCACAAUCGGCCGUCCUUAAUAUCCCAGACACGAAAAUGAGUAUGUUGGUAUCAUUUAAUUACACACGGGUAGAAAAUCGAGACAUUUGCCGGAACUCCUUUUGGAGGCUCGAAUUCUCGACUACACUCCUGUAA